AUGGUUUGUGUGAGAAAUACUUCUUACUCAUUACUUAUGAAUGGUAGAGUUCAAGGUAGUUUUAAGGGUAAGAAGGGGCUGAGACAAGGUGAUCCAAUGUCUCCCCUAAUUUUUGUGCUUAUUAUGGAGUAUUUGACUAGGAGUCUUCAACAUGCUGCUCAGAUUUCUAAUUUCAGAUAUCACCCCAUGUGUAAGAGCCUUAAGCUACUCAAUUUGUGCUUUGCUGAUGACUUGAUUCUUUUCUGUAAAGGAACUCGUUCGGCUGUGACCAUUUUUAAAGAGGUCCUAGUAAAGUUUAGUGCUGCUACUGGUCUCUCUAUCAAUGCUAACAAGUCCCAUAUUUACUUUGGGGGAGUCACUGCAACAGAGAGAAGGAUUAUUGCCCAAGAUAUUCAGUUUCCUGAAGGAUCCUUUCCUCUUAGGAAUUACUGGAUGAGUGUCUUUAUCUUACCUCAGAGCAUUAUUAAGGAGGUAGAGAAGAUUUGCCGAGGUUUUCUGUGGGGAGCUUCAGGGAGCAGAAGGAAGCUUCAUAUGGCUUCGUGGCAUCAGGUGUGUCUCCCUAAAGCAUAUGGAGGUCUCAGGUUUAGGGAUGGGACUAACUGGAAUAGAGCUAUUUUAGCUAAAUACAUCUGGGCUGUUUUAGAAAAGCAGGAUUUACUUUGGGUCAAAUGGAUUAAGGAUAUCUAUCUGAAGGGUGUUAAUUUCUGGAGUUAUAUUAUGAAACCAGAUAGUAGCUGGUAUUGGAGGAAAUUGUGCCAUUUAAGGAGCAAAUUCAGUAAGAUAGAGAUACUUGCUGCUGGGGUUUCAGGGAGGUUUAAGCCUUCGAAACUAUAUAACAGUACCUUAAACCAGUAG